UGGGGAAAUCAGAAAGAGACCAGGACGCUUUUGUCAGAUCUUUUGCAACCUCACCGCCAAUUCCUCCUCCUACUCCAGCCUCCCCUCCCAACAUCACUUUACCACAAGGAUGAACCGAGAGGCAGUAGCUCUGUAGUCGGGGAACCAGCGAGGAGUCGUUUCAUCUUUGGAUCUAAACUCCCAGCCACUUGAUCUGUUGCAUCUUUCGGAUUAAUCGAAGGGACGUUUUUUUUAAUUAAUUCUCCUCACUGCUUCGCUGAUAUCCACCCUCUUUCUUUUCUCUCCACAAAAAAAAACUUCCUUUCGCUCCAGCCGACGUGUGCCUGUGGGUAUCCCAGUCGCAAACUAUGGUGGUCGUCAUCUUGCUAUGUACGCGGAGCUUACUGGUGACUGCGCCGGGAGUGUAAAUAUUUGCUCAGAAACUUUGAGAUUCAGUUCUGUCUGUCUGAAGCGCACAAUGUUUAUGCGUUACUUGUAAAAUAAUUGGAGAACACACUGAAUAAACUGCGGCCUCGCACAGCGUUGGGGAGGGGUAACAGCUUUACUCCUUUCGGGACUGGAGGUUAUUAUUAAAAAGAAAAUAUACGACUUUAAGGAAUGUACCACAAGGGGGAGACCUAAGACAAAACUACAAAGAUUGCAAUGAAAUCAUCUGCCGAUGUCUUUCUGUAAAAGUCGGACCUGUUAUGUCCAUAGUCUGGGCUCCUGCUGCUAUUUCUUUGGCGUUUCUUGGGAUAACCGAUUUAGGAUGAGGAUCACUGAUUCCGCGGUGAUUGUGAUUUUAGCCGCCGCGCUGUGGACCGUCAGCGGGUUUGACGCCGGACAAGCCCCUUGUACCACGCUGGUCCAGGGGAAACUAUUCGGCUACUUCGCCUCUUCAAUGGUCUUUCCUUCCAACAACUCAGCCUGUUCUUGGAUUAUUCAAAACCCCGACCCGAGAAGAUACACGCUCUACAUGAAGGUAGCCAAGACCAGCAAUAUCUGCGAGAGACACCAAAUACGCACCUACCAGUACGAUUCAUUUCUGACCAGCACCCGCACCUACUUGGGGAUGGAGAGCUUCGACGAAGUGCUGAGGCUCUGCGACUCCACGGUCCGUUAUGCCUUCUUGCAGUCCAGCAAACAGUACCUGCAGAUGAAGCAGAUGUCUGCGGGAGUCGGUGGCCGGGCAAAGAACAGAGGCGGCAGGGUCAAGGACAAAGAGUUUUCGGCCGAAUACUUGGUGGUAGGCAACAGAAAUCCCAGCAAAGGGGCUUGCCAGAUGCUGUGCAAGUGGUUGGAGACCUGCCUGACCAUCAGUACCAGCGCCAGACCCUGCGGGAUCAUGCAAACCCCUUGCCACUGCUCCAGGGCUGAGAGCAUGGGUCAGUCCACUGAAAUGUUGGGCUUGAAUAAAAAAGGAGACAGUUGCUUGAAAGACGGCGUCUACUUGGAGCAUUGCAUCAAGAACCCCAAGGACAGCAUCGAUGCAGAUUCUCCCGGUGGCUGGAAAGCCUGGUCGUCUUGGGGUGUCUGUACCAAGUCGUGUGGGGGUGGAUUGCAAACCCGAAGCAGGACCUGCCAUUCCCAUUUAGAGGAAGGGUUUGUUUGUGAAGGAAUUUCAGAAGAAGGAAGAUUAUGCAAUAAACAGCCUUGUAAUACAUUUGGACGCUAUAGUUCCAGAAGCCAGUCACUGAGGUCAAUAGACUACAGGAAACAUCAGGAUGUUGACGGUUUCCAUCGCUAUGGAUACUCCUUAUCUCAGACUGGCGACGCUGCAGCAGAGGAAUGGUCCGCCUGGACUGUCUGUUCUUCGACUUGUGGGCAGGGUACACAGACCCGGAUGAGAUCCUGUGUAUCAUCUCCAUAUGGCACCUCGUGCAGUGGACCUCUGCGAGAAAUGAGACUAUGCAACAAUUCAGCAGUGUGUCCAGUCCACGGUGUCUGGGAGGAAUGGUCACCAUGGAGUUUGUGCUCCUCCACAUGUGGUAGGGGCCACCGAGAUCGCACCCGUUCCUGUUUACAGCCUCAAUUUGGAGGGAACCCUUGUGAAGGACCGGAGAAGCAAACAAAGUUCUGCAACAUUGCACUCUGUCCCGUGGAUGGGAACUGGAAUGAUUGGUCUAGCUGGAGUCAGUGUUCAACCACCUGUUCAAAUGGGACACAACAGCGGACAAGGGAGUGUAAUGGACCUUCCUUUGGAGGAGCUGAAUGCCAGGGCUACUGGUCUGAAAAUAGGCCGUGCUUUCCAAGACAGUGUCCAGUGGAUGGAAAAUGGCAAACAUGGACUAGUUGGGAACCAUGCACCAAGAGCUGCGAUGGUGGAACACAGCUUCGGGUGAGGAUCUGCUCUGGACCAUUUUACGGAGGACUUCAGUGUGAUGGACCUCAAGAGGAGUACAGAUUGUGCAAUGACAAAAAAUGUCCAGAACCUCAUGAAUACUGCCAGGAAGAAAAUUACAAUUCAGUGGUCUGGACAAAAACAGCUGCAGGCGACUCUGCGGCCGUCAGCUGCCCACCAAGUGCUGCAGGAAUAAUCCUGAGAAAUUGUCUCCUAGAUGAUGAGGGAAUCGCUUUUUGGGAGCCUCCAAGCUUUAUCAAAUGUGUUUCCAAUGACUACAAGAUGUUGCAGUCAGAGACCAGGGAACACUUGUCUAAGGCCCAGCGAGGGUUAAUAGGAGAUGGGAUAUCAGGAAUUAUAAGAAAACUGGCAGACACUUCCGAUGGAGGAACCAGCUACAGUGGAGACAUCCUAGCCUUAAUUGACAUCUUGAAGAACAUGACAGAAAUCUUCCGUCGGACUUAUUACACUCCCGUCUCUGGAGAUAUCCAGAAUUUUGUUCAAAUAGUGAGCAAUUUAUUAUCAGAAGAAAAUAAACCAAGGUGGAAAGAAGCCCGGCUGAUUGGGCCAAACUCAAAAGUAGUGAUGCAGACUGUUGAGAAUUUCAUUGAUGUCAUUGGCUUUCGAAUGAAUGAUUUCAGGGACUCCUAUCUCGUCACUGAAAAUCUAGUGAUAUGCAUUUAUAAGCGGCCAGCCAAUGGAGCUACAGAUAUCAAUUUCCCCAUGAAGGGAUGGAGAGGGAUGGUUAACUGGGCAAGGAAUUCUGAAGAUAAAGUCACUAUUUCAAAAAGCAUCUUUUCCACCGGGGGAUCAAUAGAGCCAGACGAUUCUUCAGUGUAUGUGAUAGGAACCACCCUCUAUAGAAACCUCGGAAUAUUUCUGGAUCUUCAAAGAAAUACCACAGUGCUGAAUUCAAAGAUAAUCUCUGUUAUUGUAAAGCCUUCGCCAAAAUCUUUAUCCAAACCUUUGGAAAUUGAAUUUUCUCAUCUAUACAAUGGCACCACAAACCAGUCAUGCAUUGCAUGGGAUGAGACAGACACCCUUGGCGUACACGGGGUCUGGUCGAGCCGCGGCUGCAAGACGUUUCCUAUCGACUCGUCACGUACGAAAUGCAAGUGUGACCGACUCUCCAGGUUCGCCAUUUUGGCUCAGCUCUCGCCAGAUUCGAGCAUGGAUAAAGUGAUUCUACCUUCAGUCACUCUGAUCGUUGGUUGUGGAGUUUCCUCGUUGACACUCCUGCUGUUAAUAAUAAUAUAUGUAUCUGUCUGGAGGUAUAUCCGGUCAGAGCGGUCAGUAAUUUUAAUAAACUUCUGCCUAUCAAUCAUUUCAUCAAAUGCUCUCAUCCUGAUAGGACAAACUCAGACAAGAAAUAAAGUGGUCUGUACCCUUGUGGCCGCAUUUCUGCAUUUCUUCUUCCUGUCAUCUUUCUGCUGGGUGUUGACAGAGGCCUGGCAAUCGUACAUGGCCGUCACAGGAAGAUUACGAAACCGAAUCAUUCGGAAGCGCUUUCUUUGUCUUGGAUGGGGACUUCCAGCCCUUGUUGUAGCAACAUCUGUUGGAUUCACCAAAUCGAAGGGAUACGGCACAGUAAAUUAUUGCUGGCUUUCCUUGGAAGGUGGUCUCCUCUAUGCCUUUGUUGGACCUGCAGCCGUUGUUGUUUUGGUGAACAUGGUUAUUGGCAUUCUGGUAUUUAACAAACUUGUAUCGAAAGAUGGAAUAACAGAUAAGAAACUGAAGGAACGGGCAGGGGCAUCUCUUUGGAGCUCUUGUGUUGUUCUGCCACUUUUAGCUCUGACUUGGAUGUCUGCCGUCUUGGCCAUCACAGAUCGAAGAUCAGCCCUCUUUCAAAUCCUCUUUGCUGUCUUUGACUCUUUGGAAGGCUUUGUCAUUGUAAUGGUCCACUGCAUUUUGAGAAGAGAGGUUCAGGAUGCAGUGAAGUGUAGAGUUGUAGAUCGUCAAGAAGAGGGGAAUGGAGACUCUGGGGGAUCAUUUCAAAAUGGACAUGCGCAAUUAAUGACUGACUUUGAAAAGGAUGUAGAUAUGGCAUGUAGAUCAGUUUAUCAAGGUGAAGGAUGUCAGCGCUGGGGAGUGGAUCACUUUUCUACUUUGAGAAAACAGUGUCAGGAUCAAGCACUCCCAGUUUUAAAUAAGGACAUCAAUGCGGUCAGAACAGGAACACUCACAGGAACGUUGAAACGCUCGAUGGUCCAUGAUGAGGAAAUGAAAAUGAAGUUCAACCAUCAGAAGUUAUCUGGCUUCUCAAGUCUUCCAGCAAACGUAUCGAAAAUGCAUCUCCAGGGAUCAAUGAACCAUCCAGGAUCAUUAAACAUGAAUGAGUUUAGCGAUCGCACCUUGAAAAUCAAUAAAAGUGAACAGCCAAAAUCAAUAUAUAUAUGUGACGGAGAAAUUUUCAAGCAAUUAGACUCAGAACUAGCACGAGCACAGGAACCAGUGAUAGAUGCUAACUAUGUUAUUCUGCCCACCAAUACCUCAACUUUGAGGGCUAAACCAAAAGACGAUAGCAAAUAUAAUAUUAGCAUUAGUCAGUUGCCCCAGACUAGACUUAUUCAUCUCAAUGCAGACAGUGGGUUUUGUGCAAAAAACUCCCCAAUGGAUCGCAUCAAUAUUUCUUGCAAUGAAAGGGCUUCUCCUGGCCAUCAGACACAGAGUGCUGCAAAUGAAGCCCAAUCUCCCAAUAACCUGUGCGAUGCAGGUGAUUCAGGGAACUCUGGGAUGGUGUCCAAAAGUGAGACAGUUUCUACACUAUCAACAAGUUCAUUGGAGAGCCCUAAAUCCCAGAAUAAUCCUAGUCGCUCCUCCCUGAACUCUCUCCAAUGUGUCAGUGUACCAUUGAAGAGAAGAAAAUCUAGAUAUGCCGAAUUAGACUUUGAGAAAAUAAUGCACACAAGAAAACGACAUCAAGACAUGUUUCAGGAUCUAAACAGGAAACUUCAACAUGCGGACAAAGACAGAGAAUCUCCCACAAUAGACAAUAAAGCAGUGAAACGAUGGAGUGUUUCAUCAGCAGGAAGUGAUAAAGCUAGUGUCAAUCAGCCAGAGAAGCAGACUCCAAUCAAGCGGCCUUGGGAAGGGAUCCGAAAAAUACAGUCUCCACCCACAUGGAUAAAAAAGGAACUGGAUCCCACUCAACAUUCUCCCUUAGAAAUGAGAACAGUAGAAUGGGAGAAAACAGGAGCCACGAUACCACUUGGUGGACAGGACAUCAUUGACCUUCAGACUGAAGUCUGACCUGAGGAGCGACCUUUUUUUAAAUUUUAAAACAGAUUGGUUUCUUUUGAAACCUUAUACAGUACAGAUAUCUUGUUCUCAGAGAGAUAUUGUUUUAAACCUUGUGAUGCAGUCAGCGUUGUGUCAUCUCACUGCAGUGAGAAAACACACAAGCAAACACUGCACUCGUAGUCCAAAAACUCUUAUCAAAGACAGUAAUGGGCAAAUAUAUAUAUAUAUAUUUAUAUAUAUAUUUAUAUAUAUAGAUAUAUAUAAAUAUAUAUAUAUAUAUAUAUUUAAAAAACAAGUAACCAGUUUAGUGUUGAUUGCUUGAUAUGCAAGCAUUUUUUGCAUCAGAAUUUAAUGGCAUUUUCUUGUCAUAUUGUGUACUAUAUAAAAAAAAUGAAAUUUCGAACAGUAAAUACAAUGAACAUACUUAAAAACUGUGAUGUACCUGUCAAGAUUUUAGAUAUAUAAAUUGAAAGCACAAGGCUUUGUCUGCCCUGCUGUACAAUAUGUAAUUAUUACACCUAUCGACUUUUAGCUUAAAUAUCUUUCUACUGUGUUUAAUUUUCCUGACAAACUUUAACAGUAUUAUGUACAAUGACAGAGUAAAGCUAAUGUUAUGCCAUGUGUUUAAUAAUCGUUGAUCUACAAGAUUCCACUUUUAUGGUUGGUUAAACUGGUUCUGGUUUCCUAUAUCCAUGUUUGUCAGUUUUCUGUACAGUUUUCAGAGCACAAAAUAAAUGUGUCCUUUCUAAUAAAAAUGUAAACUAUAAACAGUGUACUUAUUAAACCUCAUUACAAAGA